AACUAAUUACAUGAUUUGUUUUUAAAUUUUCCUGUUUUAUCGAUCGUGCGUUACCCACGCGUUUGUGAUAAUAGAAAAGAGAUCACGUCGUCGUGUCAUCUCUUGGUAUAAAAUCUUUCUUAAAUUUUCUUAAUAGACCGCGUCGAGAAAAACACGGAAAUUUAAUAAACUUCGUACAAGUAUUAACUUUAUACGAUGAUACUUCGAAAAUACUAUUUGAUUUAUUUCGUUAUAUAUAUCAGUCUCGCGUGUUUUGCUACAUGUGACACAGUUUUAAAGGAACCCACUCUGCUGAUCGCUAUCCUGGUCAGAAAUAAGGCACAUACAUUGCCUUAUUUUUUGAGUUUGCUGGAACGACAGGAUUAUCCCAAGGAACGCAUUUGUAUCUGGAUACGCAGUGAUAAUAAUGUCGACAAUUCGAUAGAUGUAUUAAGAAAGUGGAUCACUUUGGAAGGCGAAAAGUAUCAUUCCUUGAAUAUUCAGUUAAAUGCAACAUCAACGAGGUUCGAGGAUGAAAGGACAUUUGCCGAUUGGUCGCCCCGCAGGUUUGCGCAUGUAAUAGAUUUGCGUGAACAAGCCCUCAAUUAUGCAAAAGAAAUAUGGGCGGAUUUCAUUUUAAUGCUGGACGCUGAUGUUUUUUUGACUAAUUCAAGCACUAUACACAGUUUGAUACUUAAGGGACAGACUGUCGUGGCACCUUUAUUGAGAUCGGACGGCAUGUACAGUAAUUUUUGGGCUGGAAUGACAGCGGAAUAUUAUUAUAUUAGAACGGAUCUCUACGAACCGAUUUUAUAUCGCGAAAAUAUUGGAUGUCAUCACGUGCCUAUGGUCCAUAGCGCAGUACUUAUAGAUCUAAGAAGAUACGAUUCCGAUCGUCUGACUUACAAGGCUGAAAAAUUGAUCGCCUAUAACGGACCCGAAGACGAUAUUAUAACUUUCGCCGUAGGAGCUAAUAAAUCGGAUGUACCAUUAUUCGUAUGUAACGACGAAAUUUACGGUUUUAUCAUGGUGCCUCUAGAAAACGACGAAACAAUCACAGAAGAUAUGGAACGGUUGACUAAUACAAAAGUGGAAAUAUUGGCAUUUAACGAUUAUUUGCCGUUAUCGGACGAGUUGAAAGAAUUUGUGACAUAUCCGGAAAAGGACACAUUGGGUCUGGAUCACAUUUAUAUGAUUAAUCUAAUCAGAAGGCCAGAGAGACGUACCAGAAUGCUCCGACUUUUUGAUGAACUUGGUAUAAAAGCAGAAAUUAUCAACGCCGUGGAUGGUAGAACUUUGAAUGAUCGUUCCUUAAAAAAAUGGGGUGUGAUACCAAUGCCGGAAUAUUCCGAUCCUUAUCACGAGAGGCCGAUGACAAUGGGCGAGAUUGGUUGCUUUCUUAGUCACUACGUUGUAUGGAAAAAGAUGCUAGAGUACGGCUACAAAAACGUCAUGGUGUUGGAGGACGACGUUCGCUUCGAACCGUUCUUUCGACAGAAAGUCAAUUACGUUUUGGCAGAGCUGUCCGAUCUCGGAAUCGAGUGGGAUUUAGUAUACAUGGGAAGGAAGCGAUUGGCAAAGUCCGAAAGUCCAGUAGAAGGCUCUAAAUUUCUAUUAGAGGCUGCUUACAGCUAUUGGACAGUCGGCUAUAUUUUAUCAGAGAGCGGAGCCAAGAAACUGAUCGGAGCUAUGCCUCUCGGGAAAUUAAUUCCUGUUGACGAAUAUCUUCCAAUUCUUUCGAACAAGCAUCCUAAGGAAGAGUGGGCGGCCAAAUUCCCUAUUCGGGAUUUAAUAAUCUUAUCGACAAAUCCACUCCUGAUUUAUCCGACACAUUAUACCGGCGAGGACGGGCAUAUCAGCGAUACGGAAGACUCAAAAAUCGUGCAAAAUAUCGUCACCUCGAUCAAAUCGGGAGAUCGAUAUGAAUUAUAAUGAAUUUAAAAGCCAUAAAAUAACAAAAAAAUAGAAUUAUCUAGUCGAAAAAAUCAAUUUGCUAGUUUGAAUGGCAAAUUUGAUAACAUUUUUAAACUGAAAAUUUUCUCGCCAUUAUAUCGCUUAUCUAUUUGCUUGCAUAUUUUCAUACAUUAUUAGCUUGAAGUUGAUAAUGAUUAUAGUCAAUAUAUAUAAGCAAUAUCCAAGCAUUUUUAUAGAAUACAGAAAAAGAAGUUGCCAUAAUUUUGUAGCUUGAAAAGAAUACAAUUUGU